AUGGUGCGGCUCCUUGGGUUAGCCUCUUUGGCUAGCCCACCUCUUGCUCGUUCUCAAGAUCGCUUAGUUCCUAUCCCUGGCCCGGUGAUUCCAAACGCUGUCACCGGCAACUACCCUGGUAACGAUGUGUUCUAUAGGCGGAAAGAUCUCAAUGUGUUGAAGGCUAACGGAGUAGACAUCUCAGGGUUGAAUGAGAUCCCAGGGUCAGAUGAACCACUCGCAAGAGGUUUGGUCGACCAUGACAAGUGGUUUGAAAAAGAAAUCGUUGACGGCAAGCUGAAGACGAUUCUUCCCUGGGCAUUUCACUCUUCCUUCCCGAUGAAGUCUCAGACACGCGAGAUCAUCAACCGAAUGAAUGCGGACCUCGGAUGUGUUGCAAAUGUCGAAGUCGAAGAUCUCCAGACAACUCACCACACAUUCGGCGUGCUUCUUGUCUGGGCGACAUUAACCGGAGGGGGAUGCUGGACAACGACUGGGAUCGCACCUGGAUUCACGGGACUAUCGGAUAAAACAAUGGCUGAUCUUGGCGCGCCGAGUACGUGGCAGGUGAUCUCGUUGGAUAGUAAUUGUGACGGGCUGAGUGAGACGACCAUCCAGCAUGAGUUUUUACAUGCUUGGGGUUUUCAGCACGAGCAAUCUCGGCCAGACAGAUCAUCGUUUAUCAACGUCCACUUCGGCAAUACCGACAGCGAUGAACAGUUUCGCAUGCUCGAACACGAUGAGUGGAUCGAGACUGAAUUUCCAUACGAGAUUCGCUCAGUCCUUCAUUAUUGCUCCACUUGUGGAACGAACGGUGCUGGGCCGGUGAUGACUAAACAUGACGGAUCAUUUUUCUCAGGCGGUCGAUUUAUGAGUACGACAGACGCUCUCCAGCUUCAGUCGCAGUACUGCGCCCCGGAAGAGCGAAUGAAUGCUCUGGACUGUCUAGAAAAGGAUGAGUUUGGAUUCAACCGCAAGAUAUUCGCAAGCAGAGUUUGUGAUGGCCGACCAGACUGUCCAAACGCAGAAGAUGAAACUGGUGCAAUCGCGACUUGUAUAUCUUCUGGUGAAUUGACUCCAAAUGGUUGCUGCACUCAACUGAUCGUGGAAGAUGACGUUUGUCACUAUUCUCAGGCCUGGUUCGAUUUCGAUUUGUGGAUCUGCGAAAGCAGCCCGGACAAAGUCGUCCUUCGUUUCGAAGAAGAAUGGUUCAUCGGUGUCACUGGUAUUCCCGUUGACACCUUCAACUAUGUUGCGAAGAAAUCAGUAUCAAGUACUUGCCCUGAGCUCGGUCUAUGGUCAGAUGGGCCGGCCGCGCAAUUUGUUUUCUGUGCCUCAGAAGGCCCAAAUUGGGAUGAAAAUUUGUGCUCUGGAUCGAACUGCACACAAGGAUCCCAAUGCGUUAUCAAAAAUAGCCAGCCUGUUUGUGAAUGCUUAGAGGGGUGGAGCGCGAAUGAAGAUGGAACCUGCACAGAAAUUCCGAUUCUGAACGAAUGCGCCCUUGGAAUCCAUGACUGCCACGGGAACGCAACCUGUACUGACUUGGAGCUCGGGUACCAAUGCGAGUGCUGCCACGGUUACGACGAUCAAGACCCAACUCAGCCUGGCAGAAACUGUGUCAAAACGAAAGAAUGCUGCAAAAAAUUCACCAUCGGAGUACCUCAGCAUGAAUUUUAUAAUGCUGUUUGUGAGUACAGUCGAACGCAGCAAUCUGGCUACAUUGACUACACAUGCUCGCCCAACGAGCAAUUUCCUACCCAUUGGUGGAGUUUUCCAAUGUCAGUUCAAUAUGCACCCUUGUUUAACAAAGAAUACUUCUUUCAAACAGGAGCACUAACCGACGAGACCAAUAUCAAUUGGUCAGAGAUUUGGGAUCGUCAAUCAAGAACUGAUAAAAAUGGUCAAAAAUGCCCUUCUCUGGAGCCACCUUCAAGCGGAAACAAUUUGAGAUGGACAACAAUGAACACGAAUUGUCUUGAAUUCUUUCAGACCGUCGACUCGCCAUGCACUUUGGGCACUCAUGAUUGCAGCGUCAACUCUGUUUGCAUGCCAGUGGACUCUUUUGGAAACUAUGACUGCCCCUGCGAAGUAGGCUUUUCAAGACCUGCUGGAUCCACUUCUUGUCUGGCUCUAGUCGACGAGUGCUCUAGUGGACUUCAUGAAUGCGACGAAAACGCAGUCUGUCAUGACAAGACUGAUGGAUAUGGCUGCCAUUGCAAUGAUAAUUUCGAGGGGAAUGGGUUUCAUUGCGAAGCCAUAAUUCCGAACAACGGCCCAAAUGUUUUGACGACAUCAUCGACAACAACCCCGAUGACAACGACCACAACCACAACGGCAAAGCCUACUACUACAAGCACCACAACUCAAAAGCCUACUACAACCACUACCACAUCAACAACGACAACUACACUAACAACAACAACAACUAAAACAACGACGACUCGCGUUCCAAAAGUAGAGAUUGACACUCAAUUCGGUGAGUGUCUCUGGCCAAAGAACGCUUUAACAUCCGACUGGACAGCGCAAUUUGAGCCCAUCUCGGGAAACGCGAUCGUCAGGAGAUGCCCUGAGUUUUGUAUUUGGGAAACGAAGGAGUGCUUUGAUUUCAGAGAAGCAGGAGAGUAUACUUGCGUUGAAAAGGAUGGUUUUCAUUUCUUCACCCGGUCACCCGAAGAUUUGGACCCACGCGACGAAUUUUUCUUCGGAGAAAAUCACGAUAGAAAGCGAAACAUAGGACAAAAGAUGCUAUGCGAUCCUAAAAUCUUUAUAAAAGAUAAGAAUGCAGCAUGCGGAGAGCUCCCGAGAAUCCCAGAUUUUUAUCAGCAAUUUUCUGAAUACGGAAAUAAUGAUAAAACUAUAGUAUGCAAAACUGGCGGACGGCCCAUUCGAGAUGACAUUCUUGAUCUCUUCUGUUUGAAAAAGCGCAAGUGGAAGAAUCCAAAAUGGGUCACACAACAACGCAACUUAAAAAUUCGCAUACUGGGGAACAAAAUUCCUCGUAGAUAUUUAUGCAAGAAACUGUAG